AUGUUGGCGUGGGGAAACAUAGAGCUGCAGCAGAUAUACAUCAAGAUGGCCACGUCUAUGAAUUGCACAAGUGCUCCUUACGCGUGCGCACGCGCCAGCCUUCGGCGGACUGCUCUCGUCGUGUCCGCUACAUCGGGCAAGAAAGCCCCAACCGGCAAAGGACUUAAGGGCGGCCAAACGCUGGAGUAUGGCAACGACUGGUACAAGAAGACGCGCGAGCUCGCGCGCCCUCGUACCGUGCGGGAGGAGAUUGAGUACCGGCGCCAGGCAAACCUGAUCGCGAACAAUGGCAAGGAGCGCAAGGACCUGUACACAGAUAACUGGGAUGGCAGCGAGUACAAGGGCUCUCCCUUCAACAUCCUGACCCUGGUGGGGGCCCUCUUCAUCCUCACACCUGUGGCUGGGUUGGUCUUCGCGUUCUACUCGUACGGCAUUCUCUGGGGCUAA